CGAAAAAUGCGCCUUGAUGUACCACAGGCUCAAACAGGUGAAGUUUUCGGGAUGACAUGAUGGCGGAUUCUACCCGAGAGAGAAAAAAGUCGAAAAAACCAUCAAACACCAACUUUAAGCAGCAUAGACUGAAAGCUUGGCAACCCAUUCUGACAGCAUCUACGGCGCUGCCUUUGUUUUUCAUAAUCGGAGUGGUGUUCAUACCUAUUGGUGCAGUUCUUUUGGUAGCAUCCGAUAAAGUACAAGAAAAGACUGUGGAAUAUACGUAUUGUAAAAGUUCAAGUGGAGAAGGAUGCGACAAGUUCUUUGAAAAUGCUACAAACACUGGAAAGACCUGUGUCUGUAAAGUGAAGUUUAAUCUAUCUGAAGAAUUCAAAGGGGAUGUGUUCAUGUAUUAUGGGCUUUCCAAUUUCUAUCAGAAUCACCGUCGUUAUGUCAGAUCAAGAGAUGACCUUCAACUCAAUGGACAACUGAGUGAAAAAGUAUCAUCUGACUGUGAUCCUUUUGCAAAAGUCAAUGGUACUACUAUUGCACCAUGUGGAGCUAUAGCCAAUAGGUUGUUCAACGACUCUUUUAAACUGACAUACCUCAAGACUGCCAACCAACAGAUCAAUGUGGAUUUGUCCAAUAAAGAUAUAGCUUGGAAAUCUGACAGAGAUGUGAAAUUCCAAAAUCCAUCUGGGAACCUGAAGGAAGCUUUCAAAGGCUAUGCCAAACCACCCAACUGGCCAAGACCUGUGUAUGAAUUAGACACAAACAACACUGAAAACAAUGGCUUCAAGAAUGAGGAUUUCAUCGUCUGGAUGAGGACAGCAGCAUUUUCAACUUUCCGCAAGCUCUACCGCAAAAUUGUCCAUGCUGGGGAGUUUAAGAAUGGUCUGCCAAAAGGCGAAUACCAGCUUGAUAUCGUGUACAAUUUUCCUGUGACUUCAUUUGAUGGUAAAAAGAGAGUGAUUUUAAGUACCACAUCUUGGAUAGGUGGAAAGAAUCCUUUCCUUGGAAUUGCCUACAUCACUGUAGGAAUUCUUUGCUUAGUUUUGGGAGCAUCCUUUUUGAUUAUUCAUCUCAAGUUUGGAAAAAGGGAGUAUACCCAUACUGAUCGUGGAAUGCAGCUGCGGGAGAUGGGAAAUUAAACUUGCAUUGCAUAACUAAUUUUAUUUCAUGAGUAAUUUGUGCUGCUUAACAGAAUUAAACACUAAUUUGUCAAAAAGUUAUGUUUAAAAAUUUAACUUGUAAAGUUCACAAGACUAAUUUUAGGACCUUUAUUCCAUUUUCAUUAAGAUGUUGUAAUGUAUAAAUCUUUUGUUAAAUCACUGUUGAAACAAUUUUUGACAACACACUUAUUUUAGUUUAGGACAAGACUAGAAGUGGGUACAUAAUUAGCCCAGAGCACUUGGCAAAUUUGAGGUUCAGUUCAAAUCACUGCACCAAAUAUGUGAUGCACACGCAAUAAAAUUAUGUUAUCUCAUCUAUCUGUUCAUGAUAUGUAAGUUUUCUUGUAAGUACCUAGGAACUCUUGUUCUAGCUUGUAAUUUUAAAAGAUGCACAUUCAACUAAAUUAUGUCUCCAUACAAUCACAAGGUGUUGAGGUGCCUGAUAUUGUUAAAAGUAUAAUGAACAUGUCAUUCUUUAAACUAGUCACUGACAGUGUACAUGUCCAUUGUGCCAGCAAUGCAAUAUUUCAACUUUGUAAUUGUCUAAACAGUGGCUGUGUGUAAUAUCAUUAUUUUGCAAAUUAAGCUUUUCCCAAUGUUUUCUCAAUGAAUUGUUUUCACAUACUGCUUUAAAUCUGAUAUUUUCAGAUCUGAUAUUAUUCAAGGUAUCAAUAUGAAAUUUUUUGUAUAUAUCAUUAGGAACUUGUGGGAUAUCUGCUCAAACACAUUGCAUAGUGAUAAUAAUUGCAUCUUAAAAAGUGUGUAUGAGGUUACCUCUAUUGCGUUUAUUCACUACGCAUGAUUUUAUUCAGUAAGUUUUGGCAUACAAAGGCAUAUAAAACAUUAUUCAGUUAUCUUAAGUUGGCCAUAAUUCUGACUCUGAUGAAUUUAUAUGCUUGUCAGAUGACUGAUUUCAGAGAUAGUGCAGUGGUAGGCAAGUAUGGAUUCAGCAUGCUAAAGAAAUGGUAUAGCUUUACUAGUAGUUAUAGAUUAACGGUUUUGGAUUGAUUAGAGUGCACCAAAUAUUUGGUGCAAGAGACUGAUUAUUGCAUUUGGUAGAGCACAGAAAUUAGUUGUAGUAACGAGGUGGUCAUACUAACAAAGGAAUUGUGUGUCAGAGUACUGCAAAUUUUUCCUAUAGAUAAAUCAUGUUUUGAAAUUUCAUCUCUGCAAGUACUGUGCCAAAAUAACUGUAAGAGUUUUGUGUGAUACCAGAGCCUAUCUUAAAUUGCUAUUUAUUUGAAAAGGAGAGCACACUGAACUUUAUUUAAAUCCAAUUAUUGACAAGGUGCAAAUGUGGUGUGGCCUGGUUUGCUGUGAUGAAUGUUCAUUUCAUCAUUUAUAAGUAAAUGAUAAAUUAAUGAGUUAAUGGACUAUUGAGUUUGUAGAAAGAACACAUUGUCAAGUUGUUAUUGCUACAGUCUAUUAAUAAAUUCUUAAAAAAA